AUGCCACAUGCUGUUACUCGCUGUUACUCCCACGUCACUGCUACUCGCUGUUACUCCCACGUCAGUGUUACUCGCUGUUACUCCCACGUCACUGCUACUCGCUGUUACUCCCACGUCAGUGUUACUCGCUGUUACUACCGCACCAGUGUUACUUGCUGUUACUCCCACGUCAGUGUUACUUGCUGUUACUACCGCGCCAGUGUUACUUGCUGUUACUACCGCGCCAGUGUUACUCGCUGUUACUCCCACGUCAGUGUUACUUGCUGUUACUACCGCGCCAGUGUUACUCGCUGUUACUCCCAUGUCAGUGUUACUCGCUGUUACUCCUAUGUCAGUGUUACUCGCUGUUACUCCCACGUCAGUGUUACUUGCUGUUACUACUGCGCCAGUGUUACUCGCUGUUACUCCUACGUCAGUGUUACUUGCUGUUACUCCCACAUCAGUGUUACUUGCUGUUACUACCGCGCCAGUGUUACUCGCUGUUACUCCUACGUCAGUGUUACUCGCUGUUACUCCCAUGUCAGUGUUACUCGCUGUUACUCCCAUGCCAGUGUUACUCGCUGUUACUCCCGCGCCAGUGUUACUCGCUGUUACUCCCAUGUCAGUGUUACUCGCUGUUACUCCCAUGUCAGUGUUACUCGCUGUUACUCCCGUGCCAGUGUUACUCGCUGUUACUCCCGUGCCAGUGUUACUCGCUGUUACUCCCGUGCCAGUGUUACUCGCUGUUACUCCCGUGCCAGUGUUACUCGCUGUUACUCCUACGUCAGUGUUACUCGCUGUUACUCCCACGUCAGUGUUACUCGCUGUUACUCCCAUGUCAGUGUUACUCGCUGUUACUCCCGUGCCAGUGUUACUCGCUGUUACUCCCGUGCCAGUGUUACUCGCUGUUACUCCUGUUCCAGUGUUACUCGCUGUUACUCCUACGUCAGUGUUACUCGCUGUUACUCCUACGUCAGUGUUACUCGCUGUUACUCCCGUGCCAGUGUUACUCGCUGUUACUCCCGCGCCAGUGUUACUCGCUGUUACUCCUACGUCAGUGUUAGUCGCUGUUACUCCCGUGCCAGUGUUACUCGCUGUUACUCCCGCGCCAGUGUUACUCGCUGUUACUACCGCGCCAGUGUUACUCGCUGUUACUACUGCGCCAGUGUUACUGUCACUGUUGUUGUCCUUCCCCUGGGCACAGGCACUUUUGGCAGUACCUACCUCUGCCCCUGGGGGUGGACAUAA